AAUUAUUUAACGUCCAACAACCGAGCCAAGCAGUUGUCUUGGUAUCCAAAGCUCUCUUGCCGGAAAGUCUACCGUUCCACCGUAUUCAGAUUGUUUCAUUUUAUAAAUAGUUAAAUCCAGUGUCAUGUUCAUCAAGCUAUUUACCCUAAUGUUGGCCGUAACUGGAGUCUGGAGUGCCGCGCUACCAGAAAAUCAGGUGGCAACGGCGACCAGGACGACGACAGGUGAUUUGGCAACCGCCGAGACUUCGGCCAAGUUGCUAAAUCUCUUUGGAACUGGCUCUGGAUAUCCGAACUACGGCUACAACUACAAUCGCCCGAGCAACCCCUACUAUCCCGGCUACAAUACGAACUACUACGGCUCAUCGGGAUACUAUCCCGGCUCGGGAUAUGGAUCUACCACCUACUAUCCCAACCAGGGGAGCUACGGUUCCUCCGGCUACUACCCAACUCAAGGCUAUAACUAUUAUUCCACUAGCAGUUAUCCCACCACGAACAUUCUGGGUAGCCAAGGAGGCGGAUAUGGAGGGUAUGGCGGCUACGGAGGCUAUGUGCGCAGCACUUUUGGCUAAAGACGCCGCAAAGAACUUAACCGAAUGUUACACUCCGGCACGCAUCAAAAUCAACACACAAAAAGAUCGUAAAACUUAUAUAAGCAAUUUAUUAGCCAACACAUCUCCGAAGGCGAAAUAACCCCCGAGCCGGAAAACUUUAACUGCAUCGCCGCACCGAAAAUAUCUUCAAGUUUCUGCGGGGAGACAAAGUCUGUGCAGCAGCAUCUUGAGUACUAAGCCUUAAAUUUUACGUAAAGUCAUGUUUAUGUUUUCCCCUUCGGCAUCUGCAAGCUCGUAAAUGCAGCGGAGCAAAGUUUUCGCUUGAAUUUUCCGGGGAAAAGUGCCCGAGUCCCUUUGCCAGUUGAGCAUGUGCCGAGAGCAAUUUGUGAUAAGCUAAUAGAUUUCCCCUGUUAAAUAAAGCAAUAUUUUCCAACAAAUUUA